CUAGUGAAGAGCAGUGCAUUUAGGUGACAAUGAAUGCUAGCGCCUAGUCUAUUAGUUAUUCCUUGAUAAGAAAGACACUCCUAAUAACAGAAAUUAACUGGGGAAACAUAUGGCCUUUUUAUUCCCACUGAACCAACCCCCUGAGGUAGUAUAACACCAAUUCAACGAACAUCUAGCCCGACCACUUUACCUACUCCCAGCAACACUGUCUCUACACCCAUAUCCCACAAAAUCAUCAACAAUAGUAUCCAAAAUGACCACCUUUCCAACCUCCCCCUUCCACCUCCGCCCCGCCAAACCCACUCCCACCGACCACGCCUUCAUCCUGUCCGCCUUCGACUCCUCCCUCCCCUUCCUGGCCUCCAUCGGCAGUCUCGACCAAUGGGGCAAGACCCCCUUCUCCCAGCGAGGGGACUUCGCCGAAGCAACCCUAAAAGAACUGAAUUACUCCGAAGAGCUCCGCCUCACAGGGACUAGCGGCUUGGAUAGUAACCUCCGUAUGUUCAUCGCCGAGCGAGAAUUACACCAGCAGCAGCACGAUGAUGGACAGCUUCAAGCUGAGUUCGUUCGAGUGACACCCGAUGGACGACGCUUCUUACCCGUUGGAGUUGCGUAUGUGCGCGAAAACUGGGUGCCGAAUUAUGUGAAGACGCAGACUCAUCUUCCGAUGCCAGAUGUUAACCAUGGUGGUGGAGGGUUUCUUUACCUUGAGGUUAUGGUGACGGAUAAUCGGGAAGAUCGGAGGGAACUGUCUCGCGGGGCCGGAGCGGCGCUUAUCAGGGGGAUUCGGGAGUACUAUGAACAGCAAGGGUUCCGGGCUGUCGGGGAGUGGAGCCAUAUGAGGUCGAACAAUGUGCCGUGGCUGGGAACGUUGAUGUGCAUGGAGAUCUAG